AAUGCGAACGUGUUUUGUUUCAGGUGUGGUAACUGAAGUGUUACGCCUGGCUGUCUACUGCAAAAUUGAUCAAUACAGCAACCCUGACCAGUCUGAGGGGUGGAAACAACCACACUAGUAAAUGGUCUGACCCAUAACAUUUAGUGUUAUAUGGAGAUGCAGCAGUUGGAGACGUCGUUAGAGGUGGGCAGGGCCCACUUGUAAGGUAUUUCCAGGACUGAAAUUCAGGAUCUUCUUAAUGCCCUAUAUGAAAAGUGUGAUGACCAUGGAAAAUCAGAGAAAUUAGCCCUGCAAGCAAAAACAAUGGGAUCAAAGGCAUAUCUUAAAAAGAGGGAUACAGAGGCACUAAACAACUUUACUGAAUGUCUUCGACUGGCACCGGUAGAUUCAUCUCUUCUGCCUUUGGCUUAUGCAAAUCGCUCUGCUGUACUUUUCCAGAUGGGGAGAUAUAAGGAAGCUCUUCAGGACAUGGAUCGAGCAGAACAAAGUGGAUACCCUGCAGCUCUGCAACAUAAGUUGUUGACUCGCCGCUGUCAUUGCUAUUUAAUUCUAGGAGAACAAGAUCAAGCUAAAGCAAGUUUAGAAAUUUGUAAGAAACAUUCUGAGGCUGUUUCUCCAGACUCCAAAGAAAAAUAUGCAAAGACAGUAGCUGACCUAGAAAAAAUACUGGCAAAUGCUGCUGUCAGUCAGAUGAUGAAUACUAGUCAAGAAGUAUUUUGUCAUCCAUCAUUGUUUAAGGGAGAAAACACAGUUGUCAGGUACAUGACAAGUGCAUUUGAAAUGAGGUAAGAUAUAUAAUCUUCUUU